AUGUAUCCCGACGCUCCUCGGCCUGUUAAGGUCAAUAUCAUUUUCCCUAUAAUAUUUGUAAUUGGAUGUACUGCGCUUGUCAUUCUUCCCAUUUUUGGAUCGCCAAUAGACACAGGAGAAGACGACAAGGAAGUUGACGCAGAUGGAGAGGGAUCAUCUCGCACUCCACAGGACGAAGCAAGCAAAUCCAAUAUCAAAGAGUCAGAAAAAUCAAGUGGAGGAGAUACGUGGUCUUUUUCAAGUAUAUAUGAAGAAAAUGAAAGGGGAUUGAAGAGAACACUCAGCUUAAAAAACGCCAUUACGAUGAUGAUGGGUGGAGUGAUCGGUGCAGGAUUAUUUGUCGCUCCUACGGGUGUUCAACGAGCCGCUGGCUCUGUUGGUGCGUCGAUCGCAAUAUGGUUUCUAUGUGGAGUAUGGUGUUUUCUUGGUGCGUGCAUUUAUGCUGAACUCGGAACUAUGAUUCCAAAGUCGGGUGGUGACUACGCUUACCUCAUGGAGGCGUUCGGACCCUUUCUUGCAUUUCUUAGAUUCUGGAUAGAGGGCAUGGUGGUGAGGUAUGUUCGCCUUUUUUAACG